AUGAGAACCAGGCCAUACUGGUACCUUGCAGUGGUUGCUGUCACAGGUGGGCUGCUAGGCGUCGACAUGGCCAGCGGCUAUUUGGAGGAGCUGUCCAACGCUCUGCCAGAGUUGGUGGUUUGUACCAACCUCCAGGGCUUUGUUUUGGUGGGCACGAUGAUGUUUUCUGAGUCUGCUGGCGCCGCCAUGGUGACCAUGCUCGCCCACAUGAUUGUAACAAAAGGGUUUGUCGUUGUUAUUACUAUUCCGACUGCGCCCUUCAUGCCGGGAGCCGUGUACUCCAAUGCCUACUUCUUAAUGUACAUCUUCUUUGUCUUCUUCCUCAAGGUGGGUGCCGAGCGACAUGCUCGACAUCUGGUCAAGAUCGAGUUCCAGUCAAAGUUUGCGCUGCCAGACGGGGCCGAGCGCGUCCCAAAGUUGUGGGCGCGCACCGUGCUGCGCGGCUGCCCGGUGCUCUUGCUUGUCACCGACAUCCUGUUUCUGGCAGUCUAUUUGAUGUCACGGGGAGAGUAUGGCAAAACGAUUACAAUCCUCUAUUUCAUUACCGCUCUUGGAAUGCUCCUGGGCUGUUGUUCACAGUACAAAUCUGGGACGACAGUGGAGUGA